AUGCUCCAACCUCGCCCAUUCUUCCACUCCUCUCUACGCACUCUCACUAUCCUCCCACCUGUCCGCCGACAACGCCUCCUUCGCCACAUCAGUACCACCACCGCACAACCCCACCCCCAACCCUCCACCGCAUCGCGGUGGACCCGCCGCCUGCUCUAUGCCGGGCUAUUUGGCAGCCUAGGCGUGUACGCGGGGACGCGCCUGACGGGCGAUGGGUGGCUGCCCCUGACUCCGGGAUCUGUCGCCGACCAGCAGGAGCUGCAGCGCCUGCAGGAAAUGUUCGACGUCGGCAUUCCCAUUGUCCAGGAGCUUCGAAGGGACCCGGAUUAUGUUGAGACGCAUGCCUACAUGAACUAUGACGAUGAGACUCGGCCACAUCGGCUGACAUCGGGUCCAAUGGCUGGAAGUCGGGGUUUGGGGAUACAGAAAAUCUUCUGGAACGACAAGACCAAAAACCUCAUCAGCGUGAUCUACCUCGGUUGCGGGAUAGAAGGCUGGCCACGAGUCAUCCACGGUGGCGCGCUGGGCACCGUGAUCGAUGAGGGUCUAGGGCGUGCGGCCAUCCGCCAUUUCCCGGCGCGGACGGGCGUCACGGCCAACCUCGACAUCCACUACCGGGCGCCUGUCUUCUCGGGGAACUUCUAUACCUUGCACAGCAGGGUCGACCCGACCAGAAGCACGGACCGCAAGGCGUUUGCCACCUGUGAGGUGCGCGAUCUAGGUGGGAGGGUGUGUGUUGAGGCGAGUGGGAUCUUUGUUGUGCCGAAGCGGUUGCAGUUGGAGCGGAUUGGCGAGGAGUAUUGA